AUGAAACAUCAGUGUCUAUUGAUUGUUUUUAUUGCUAUUGUUGAGAGUGUUUCACAAGAUCCAUUUCCGUUUGGAUUAGAUGAUCGACCUGAUCCAUUCUCAAGUAACGCUGGGCUAAAACAGAGAGAGCACUCCCAAAAACGAAGCGACCGUCAUAGAUAUCAUCGGCCGCAAGAAUACAAUCAACACAAUACGUGGGGAUUCGAGGACGAGGAGAAUGUUCAGGAACAGAAAGAAACUAGUCAGGCACAAUUGGACAGAAUCGCAUCAAAACCAAGACCUGCUCCGGUUCCUCCUACAGUAGAUCCAGCUGAGGAUUUGAAGUCAGCUGUAAGAGAUGCUCAAUUGGGAAUCACAACAACUGAUUUGCCUCCUGAUCCAAAGCAUAAUGGACUUCUGAAAGACGUUGGAACUAUUGGUGUUGGAUUCGGUGUUGGCGUCGGUGUACCUGGAAACGAUCCUGUAUCUGUUGGAACCGGAGUAUCCGUUGGUUUAGGUGAAUCUGGACCCGCUGGAGGACUCCCUCCGUUCACUGAAACUAUAUUCCCAAGACAAGGAGAACAAAUAUCGUUGAACGACUACGACGGGAAUAAGGAUUUGAUUGUGUCAGGAAAGGCGUUGAAGUAUAUACAAGCUGUUAGGCUUGGAUUCAUCCAACUUCCGAAAUAUGCUCCACAGAAGUCACUGGUUGGAGUUAACAGUGGAAUUGGAAUACUUGGAGCUCAAGCGCCUACUGGAGGAUAA